AAAUGGCGGUUCGGACGAGAAGAAAUACACCAGGUUUCGAUUAGAAUUUUGUUAUUUGCCGUAAAAGUAGGGUAGUGUAAACUUUAGUACUAUGAUGAUGCAUGUUCACAAUAACCGAAUGGUUCUUACAAAUUUUCAGGGAACCUAAAAGAAUGACUGACAUUCAGCUGUGGGAGAGGUGAAGGAUAGAGUUUUACAUGUGCAUAAAAUAUUUGUAUAAGACAUUGAGUACAUAAUUAUUGUUGCCUGGCAUAUUUUAAAGAAAAUACAGAGGCAAUGGAACCAGUGCAGCUUGGCCGUGGACCCCUUCAUGUUGCUUGCUCAUAUGGAGAUUUGGAAACGGCUGAACAGCUUCUGAAGGCAGGGGUGGACCCCCUGCAGAGGUCUGAGGUAGGGAGGACGGCUAUCCAUGAAGCAUGUAUUGGUGGGCAUGUAGAGUGUGUGACCCUGCUGCUAGCUUACACCAAGGAUCUGGACACAGCAGACAAGGAUGGUCAAACUGCCGCCCACCUGUCAGCUUAUCAUGGGGAGCGGUCAUGUUUGGCUGCCUUGGCUAGUGCAGGAGCUAAUAUUUCAUCAGAAGAUAAGAGAAGGAGGCAGCCAGCUCACAUGGCAGCUAUGAAGAAUCACAGGGGCAUUCUGAGCUUACUGUGUGAUCAUGGGGUAGAUAUGGAAUGUGCGUGUGAUUUGGGGAAACGGCCAUUACACUAUGCUGCUCAGCAUGGAGCCUUGCAGGUUUUGGAGUAUUUGAUUAAGUCUGACUGUGAUAUUACUGCUGUGGAUAACAGUGGUAACUGUGCUGCCCAUCAUGCGGCAUGGCAUGACAAGACCAACUGUUUGCGGCUCCUCAUUAAAAUGGGCAUAUCCAUGGAGGUCAGGCAGAAUGAUGGCAAAACCCCUGCUCAUAUGGCAGCAUACCAUGGUGCUGUGAAUUGUGUCCAUUGGCUGCUGGAGAAAGGAUUUGAUGCAAACUACCCCGACCAUUUUGGCAACACUCUAGGUCAUUAUUCUGCCUUGAGAGGUCAUCCUGGGUGUUUGAACUGUUUUCUGCAGCAUGAUGGAGAACUUCAUAGGCAGAACAUCAGAGAAGAGUCCCCUCUGGAUCUCGCUAAGAAGUCUGGUCAUUAUCUGAACAUGGAGAAAGCAAUGAAAAAUGAGGUGACAUGUCCCAUGUGUUACAAGAACUACAAAGUCGUAAUGUGGCAAGAGUCACAUCCAAAGAGUGAGGUGGAGAAAGAAAUAACAAAGGUGAAAUCUUCUGCUUUUAAAAGCCCAGCUUCUCAAGCCAAGAAACUGACAACCACAUCACUGGUUAAUGUGUUCACCGGCAAGCCCACAAUGAGGGAUAAGCUGUCCUCUAAGUCUGCUCAGCUGCCCAGCAGGGACUUGUCAGCCCAGUAUUUCGGUCAACACUUGGACCCCAACAGUGUCUUUAGGUUCAAAGGCCCUACUUUCUGACCCCGCCACAGACUACCACCAUAUUCACCUCAACAGCUUUCACCUGACGAUCGAUUCAAGACUGUCACUUCAGUAUUAAUUUAUUAACUCGUGGACCCAAAUAACCUUCAGUAAUUCAGCCAUCUAUUUCCAACCCCAUCACAGUCACCACUACCAACCCUGAGGCUGUUAGCCCUGCGUUUUGGUUAAAACACUGAGCCCAAGAACCCAGGGCAAUGCAUAUGUCAAGCACACAGUCACCACAAUCUAAAGACUUUUGGCGUUCAAUUUUGGUGAAUACACCGAGCCCAAUAACCCAGGGCAAUGCCUACAUCAAACACACUGUCACCACCAUCUAAAGACUCUUAGCGUUGAAUUUUGGUGAAAACACCGAUCCCAAUAACCCAGGACAAUGCCUACAUAAAAUACACUAUCACCACAGUCUAAAGACUCUUAUCGUUGAAUUUUGGUGAAAACACCGAUCCCCAAUAACCGAGUGCAAUGCCUACAUCAAACACUCUGUCACCACAAUCUGAAGACUUUUAGUUUUGUUUUUGGUUAAACCACCGAGCCCAAUAACCCAGGGCAAUGCCUACAUCAAACACACUGUCACCACAGCCAGCGUGUAAAGACUUUUAAUUAGCUCACUAAUUUUGUUAGCACAUGGAUUGCAGAUAAAGCACCUGUCAAAGCAGCAUUUGGUCCCUCUGUGAACACAACAAACACGAAACUAGCAACGUAUACAGUGAUUCACUCUGCACUUGUGAUUAUGUACUACCGUAAUUCCUCUUUUCGCACAUGGAAGAGCAACUCUCAGUACAAGUUAUGCAUGUUUUUAAUCUCUUGUUGAAGGCAGAACAACAUUGGUUUUAUUAGCCAAUUUCAGGGCUUUACAAAAAGCAUAAUUUUAACGGAAUAUAAUGCCCUCAAAAGUUACUUGAAUAAACACCUUGCAAACAUGGGAAAAAGUUAAAGAAUCACACAUACGCAUGAUUAUUUUCACGUCUUGAUUUCGUGAUUCACAUCAAUUUCACAAGCCACGUGAGCCGUUACUAGUGUUGUCAAAAAUAUUUAUAUAAUAAUGAUUUUUUUUGCCUUGUACAUUUAUAUUUGCAAUAAAAAGAAAU